AUGUUUUAUAUUCAUGUAAUAGUCGAAGAUCCUCCUAAGGUAUUAUAUGAAAGAGCUGUAAAUAUAGCUCAUAUAAUAGAUACCGGAACCUUUGAGGAUUUACUUUUAGAGGUGAUCAGCAACCAAUUUUUGGAUAAACAUGUUCUUGUUUUUGGCCGUGAGAAAAAAGAUGAUAAAUGGAUAUUGCUGCAAGAUGGGUUAACUGAUUAUUUUGCAAGUGAGAUCUGGGCAAGUGAAAAAUAUUGGGCUGAAAUUAUUUCUGAAAUUUUUAGUCUUACAAGUAUGAUACAAAAAUAUGCUAAGCAUUUACAAAAGUCUUCUCAACUUACUUAUAAUGCACACCAUUCUACUACAGUAGUCCGCACACCUAAUAAAUAUAGCAAAUUAUUAAUAAUUUUAGGUGUUUUAAAUAUUAAUUCUAAAUAUAGAAAGUUAGAAAAAAUUCUUGCUAAAAAGGAUUUUUAUGAGUUUAUUGAAAUUUCUGAAUUUCUUCCAACUGAAAGUAUUAAACAUCAUUGA